UAUAUUUUCUAGCAGAUCAUCGGGCUUUAACUUCAUUCAUCUCUCAUCUGUUCUUGCUGUUGCGUCUACUGCCACCAAGAUGAAGUACCUAACCGUCCUUGCUGCAGUCGUUCUAUUGGCCGCUUGUAUUCAGGCGGAACUCUCUCCCUGUGUGGACGACAGCGAAUGUGAGAUAAACGAGUGCUGUACAAAGGCAUGGUUUCAAGUGUUAUCCCGCGGGGGCAGGUGCCACCCUAAGGUCAAGCUUGGGAGCCGUUGCCAGAAGUCGUGGACAGAUUCUUUGUUUGGAAUUCAUGAUCGCUCUUGUGGUUGUGAGGUUGGAACCGAGUGUCUUCCCGUGAGUAGGAGUACUCAGUGUGUUCUUAUUCCAACUUCUCCCGUAAUAGCCAAAUCGACCCCCAAGCCAACCCCUGACACCGGAAGCGGCGACCUUCAGUAAUCUACGUCAUCAGAUACUGUGACGCAGGGUCACGUGACACAUGGACACGUCAUCAUAACAAUGAUAUGAAAUCAGUCGAUUCUUGUUUUAGACUUUCAAGUUUACAAUAAGUAGGUCUAAACCUAAUGAAUUAAAGUGUAAUGACCAUC